GACACUCUCACCCGUGUGACGGAGGAUAGCGAGACUUCAUCCUGUGGACUUUGCCGACUUCAACCCUCGUGGAGGAAAGAGAGCAUCAUAAACGGAGCCUAUAAGGAUUACAUUCAAACAAGCCGCACUCAUGAUAGACUCAUGCGCUCACCGCAUCCCGGAGACCCUGGUGCCUCAACUCGGGAAACGAUCCUGCCCCAAGUGCACUCUUCAAACCAGCAUUACCCGCAUCCAGGCCAUCCAGGAGGAGUUGCUAGCGCGUGGAGGAAUCUUCGUAUCAAGGCCUCGUAACACGAGACGCGACCCCAAUCACCCACAAUGGAAGGCCCACUUUGACUUACGGCGCCGGUGGCGUGACGCGAAAAUCGACGCCCUCAACGCAGUCAUGCAGUUCGAGCAGCUGGCCGCUAGCCCAGAGCGGGCUGAAGGGUGGGAAGUUCUUGACGAGGCGGUGAGGCUAUGGGAGCAGCAAGCAGAAGACCUUGCCGAAGUUCCGGGAUCAACCAAGGAGUUGAGUGAGGAGGAGGUGGGCGACAUCGUGAAGCGCAUGCUCAGUAGCUUCGGGGGUUCCGUUGGGCAAGAGGCGGACGGCGUUGAGGACGAGGACGACGCAGACGACUGUCCAUUUCCGGAUUCUGAUGUCGACGUCGGUUCGGGUUCUGACUCGGAUGAUUUCGACAUGCUGGAUGCUGGACCACAUGAUCUUAGGGAUGUUGAAGACGGCGACAAUGAUGACGCGGACCCCGAGUUCGCUGCCAGUGAAAUGGAAAUAGAUUCAGAAGGUUCCGCGCAGCUCAUCAUCUCAGAAGACAUGGCUGUCAAGAGAAUGGGGAAGAGGGUUCGCUUCACGGACUUCGCGCACGUUUGCCCAGAUUCGCUGGUUUUUCAACCGUCCCUCUUUCCUCAUAAUCCUGCGGGAUAUCCAGAACCGCAGAGCAUUGAGGCGACAUUUCUGUUUAGCAAUGCUGCCAUGCUGACUGCGUCCACUGUACUAUCCGCAUCUCCUCGCCUUUUGCGUCAUCGGUUGAACACUGACGCGGCGCACAAGCGAUCACGACGUCGCUAUCACAGGCCAUCCGAAUCAUAUCUCCAAGGUAGGUGGGCUUCUCCGUCGGGGUAUGAGAAACUUGACACUGCAUGCUACAAGAAGAGCUGGAGAGAAGCUGAAGCGUACUGGAAGGGAGAGGUCCGAGAGAUGAAGGCGGAGAAGAAAGUCUAUGAGGGCUUGAAGGCGGUGUCUGGGGCAUGGGUUCUGGGGCGUAUGGUUCCAUUAGCAGUUUGGAGCUAUGAGGAGCAAAGAAGGCAUAAUGCACAGCAAAGUAUGGAACUUGACAUGGAUGUUUGAGAAUCACGUGUAUGGAAGAGUUGUCGAUAUACCCCGUCAUGAUCGGACAGGUAUACAUUGCACGAGUGCUAUUUACCAGAACCACUUCUUGGGAGGGAAAGCAUUGCAAUUCAAUCACCGCGUCACAGUACCACUAGAGGUAAUUUGACGGUAUAUAUUCCAC